UGAUCCUUCAAAGCUUUCGACUCCGUCCAUCGGUUAAAACAUAGUCCAAGCUAGCCAACGGUCAACAUGAAGCUUCUUGCCGCUUAUUUGCUUGCCACCCUCGGUGGCAACACCACCCCUUCCGCUGCUGAUGUCAAGAAGAUCCUCAGCGCUGUUGGUAUUGAGGCUGAGGACGAGCGCCUGAGCAAGCUCAUUUCCGAGCUCGAGGGCAAAGACGUCAACGAGCUCAUCGCUGAAGGCUCCAAGAAGCUCUCUUCCCUCCCCGCUGGUGGAUCUGGUGGUGCCGCACCCGCUGCUGCCGCUGGUGGUGCCGCUGCCGCUGCCGCCCCUAAGGAGGAGGCCAAGAAGGAGGAGAAGGAGGAAUCCGACGACGACAUGGGCUUCGGUCUCUUCGACUAAGCUUUUUAGUUUUCGAUUCACUCAAUACAUCAAUGCG